CAAUGUACAUAUUAUUUUACUAGCAAUACAUAUAAUAAAACAGGACGAUUUUUCUCGCCUAAAUAUCCACAACCAUACCCGGAUAAUGCAAAAUGUUUGUAUUAUUUUGAAGCGUUACCUGGGGAACGUGUACAGAUUUUUUUUCAAAAUAUUCAACUUCAUCAUGAAGAUGUUAGUUGUCGUGAUAGUCCAGAUGCAGUGGUCGUGCAUGAUGGUCGUGAUGUCAGUGGUAUCGUCAUUGGUCAUUACUGUGAUAUUCACAAUCAAGUAGAAUUGCUGUCAUCAGGCAGAUAUUUAUUUAUAGAAUUUUAUUCCGAUGAUCGGAACUCGAUGAAAGGUUUUUCAGCAACAUAUCAAUUUAUAACAAAUAUACACCCAACACCUCCUUCACAACGUGAGUUUAGAUGUAAUGAAAAUAUUAGUAGUGGAACCAAAACAAAUGGAACCAUUUCCAGUCCAUUCUAUCCUCAAGCUUAUCCAGCGGAUGUGACGUGUAGAUAUGUGUUUCAGGGAGCUGGUAGACAGAGAGUACAGUUAAAGUUUACUCAUAUGGAUCUAUAUUAUCCUGCUGGUGAUGCUUCCAAUCCAGGAGAUUGUGAAGGAACAGAUUCUAUCUCUGUCUAUGUUAUGGUUGAUGGUAAACGAGCUAACCUGGGAACAUAUUGUGGUAAAAAAUUACCACCGAUGUUAAUGUCCAAUGAACCAAAAUUAGUAUUGGAAUUCCGCAGCGUCCAAUCUUCAAAUUACGUUACAGGCUUCAGAGCCGAGUACAGUUUUGUUACCAAUUUUGGAAUAACUGAUGGUGAACAGGAUAAUAGGGGAGUGUGUAUGUUUAAUUUCUACAGUGCUAGACAAUCCUCGGGGACAUUUACAUCACCUAACUAUCCUGGUUUAUACCCUAGAAAAACUGAAUGUCAUUAUUUAUUUUAUGGUAAAGGAAAAGAAAAAGUUCAUAUAACAUUUCCAGUCUUUCAAGUAGAUGGUAUUAGUCCUAAUUGUGAAGAAGUAACAGAAAGUGAUUUUGUGUCAUUUUCAAACUUUGCUGAAACAGAUGAUAGAAAGAUGCAUCGAUUAUGUGGAGUUAUAACGGACGAAAAACGUCGCCAUGUUGAAUCAGAUGGACCAUUCUUCCGUGUUAUAUUUAAAUCUAAUAAUGUAUAUGACGCUGAGGGUUUUGAGGCCUUCUAUCAAUUUCGAGGUAUGUCGGAGGACAAGGACAGUAAACACCAGUCGCAGGGUACGAAUCAACAAAAUGUAGAGGUUGGUAACAAUGGUAAGUUCCUGGUCUUGCUUGCUGCUGCUACUCACUUUUUACCAUUUACAAUUUGA